GAAAAGAAUGGAACUGUCCCAGCUACUCAAUGAGAUCAGGGCAAACUAUGAAAAGCUCCUCACCAGAAAUCAGAUAGAGACCGUGCUGUCAACAAGGACCCAGCUAGAAGAAGAUAUAAGCCAAAAAAUGGACAAAGAUGAAGAGGCUUUAAAGGCGGCUCAAGCAGAACUCAAGGAAGCCCGACGUCAGUGGCACCACCUGCAAGUGGAAAUUGAAUCUCUCCAUGCUGUGGAGAGGGGGCUUGAAAACUCCCUACAUGCCAGUGAGCAGCAUUACCAGAUGCAGCUGCAAGACCUGGAAGCUGUGAUUGAAGGGCUGGAAAAAGAACUGCAGGAAGUAAGGCGCGGCAUUGAAAAGCAGCUUCAAGAGCACGAGAUGCUUCUCAACACGAAGAUGAGGCUAGAACAAGAAAUAGCGACUUACCGGCGCCUCCUAGAAAAGGAAGAAAUCAGAUAUUAUGGUUCUAUCCAAGGUGGAAAAAAAGACCAAAAACCGACCACAAGUAGAGUUGGUUUUGUUUUACCUUCAGCCAUUAUAAAUGAAAUAUCAUUUUCAACAAAAGUCCCACAAAAGUAUGAGAAUGAAACAGUGGAAACAGUAACCAAACACGCAAUAUUAAAUGGAAAUAUCAUGAAGGAGAGCACUGAAGCACACGGCACUAUACAGACAGAGAAAGUUGAUGAAGUUAUUAAAGAAUGGGAAGGUUCCUUCUUUAAAGAUAACCCUCCAUUAAGGAAAAAAUCUGUGUCUCUUCGAUUUGAUCUCCACUUAGCAGCCACCGAAGAAGGGUGUUUACAGACUAAGCAGGAUAAUCUUCCAGAUAUAGAAGUCAGGCUUAUCAUGAGAAGAUCGUGCAGUAUCCCCUCUAUCAAACCUCCAUCAGCAGCGAAUUAAUCUGAAGAAAGGAAUUGACAGGAUUUGAAAAUGUCAUUAUGAUGGCCUUAGGGGAGCCAGGCUGGCCUAUUCCAUAUCUAAAUGUAAGUUACUAAUUACUUAUAGAUGAUCAAUGUCUGAUUCUCUUCAG